UAUAUGUAGAUUUGAAGGCGGGCCAAUGGCGCACCGACCACGUGAGCUGCGGCCCAGUACUUGAGCCCCGGUCGACCAGGAACGUCGGGCCUUUCCGCCGCUCGUCUUCGUUCGUACAGCCGCGCUCGUACUCACACACGCACCGGCAGCCAUGGGAGACUCGGUGAAGGAGAAGAAGAAGAAGAGCAAGAAGGAGGCUGAGCCGGACAAGGCCCCCGCGGCGGCUCCUGCGGCCGCGGCACCGGCCGCCGCGCCGGCCGCCGCGCCCGCCAAGAGCUCAACCAAGAAGCGGGCCCAGCGCAGUACCUCGAACGUGUUCGCCAUGUUCACGCAGCACCAGGUGCAGGAGUUCAAGGAAGCCUUCCAGUUCAUCGACCAGGACAAGGACGGAUUCAUCAGCAAGAACGACAUCCGCGCCACCUUCGACUCUCUUGGCCGGCUCACCAACGACACCGAGCUCGAGUCUAUGAUCUCCGAGGCACCAGGACCCAUCAACUUCACCAUGUUCCUCACCAUCUUCGGUGACCGCAUCACGGGCGUCGACGACGAGGAGGUCAUCGUAAACGCCUUCAACCUCUUUGACCAGGGCAACGGCAUGUGCAGCGAGGAGAGGCUGAGGCAGAUGCUGACUACCUUCGGCGAGAAGCUCAACGAUCAGGAGGCCAACGACGCCUUUGCCGAGGCUCCCGUCGACAGCGCCGGCAACGUGGACCUCAAGAAGUUCGCGUCGAUCCUCACCAAGGGAGUCGAGGAAGAAGAAGGAGCGUAAACGGACGUCACAGUGGACACACACCGCGCGUGGGCUGCCUGGGUGGAACAAUAAAAUAAGGCACUGCUUUCCUUUUUUUAUGGUAUGAGAGAAGAGGGACGUCUCUGGCUUGACACUUCUUGAAGCCCCGGCUCGCAACACGGGGUAGGAAGCCGGCUCGUUGAGGCCCUCGUGUAGCAGCGACCUGUUCAGGAACGGUUCCUUUGCCUUUUCCCACCGCUUUAUACCCGAUUCGUGGAAUAAUAAAAGAAAAUUC